AUGGAGUCAAAUCUUGAAUAUAAUAGCACCGAAACAGCGAGUAGCUACUCGACGACGGAUCACAACUCAGGCUCAGCGUCUACAAAGCAACAGGAGGAGACCGAAAAGGGAGAUAUAUCACCGCAAAAUCGACAAAGAGUUGCUUCUCUAGCAAGACAGCUGACCAAUUCAUCAAGUCAUGACCGAAGUCAAGAUACGCUGAGGGUUAAUCCCUUCAAAGGAACUGAUAUACCAGCGUUAGAUCCCAGUUCACCUGAAUUCGAUGCGAAGCGUUGGGCACAGACGGUAUUCCAACUCAUGUCUGAAGAUCCUGAGCGAUUUGUUCCCAGAGAGGCAGGUUUAUCAUUUCGAAAUCUGAGUGUCCAUGGGUUUGGAAGUCCGAUCAGUUAUCAAAAAGACUUUUUGAAUGUGCUGCUUCAAGUGACAGAUCUUGCAGCGGGUCUGAUCAAUCGCAAAGAUCACCAAAUUCAGAUAUUGAGAGAUCACAACGGAUUGUUGCGAAGUGGUGAGAUGUUGCUUGUCCUAGGACGACCAGGAAGUGGUGUUUCAACUUUUCUAAAGACAAUUGCUGGACAAACCAAGGGCUUGUACCUGGACCCAGGCACUGAGUUCAACUACCAAGGAAUCAAUCGACAAGCAAUGUGUCGCGAGUUUCGCGGCGAUGUUGUAUAUCAAGCCGAAACCGACGUCCACUUUCCUCAAUUGACCGUCGGACAGACACUCCUCUACGCAGCUUUGGCAAAGACUCCUAACAACCGUCUCCCAGGUGUCUCUCGAGAAGAAUAUGCAACACACAUAAGAGAUGUCAUCAUGGCCGUAUUUGGGUUGUCCCAUACCUGUCAUACAAAAGUGGGAAACGAGUUCAUUCGCGGGGUGAGUGGUGGCGAGAGAAAGAGAGUCAGUAUUGCGGAAGUUGCGCUCUCUCGAAGUCCGAUUCAGUGUUGGGAUAACAGUACCAGAGGGUUGGAUAGCGCUACGGCUCUGAGGUUCGUACAGACGCUACGAUUGUCUGUGGACAUCACAAACACUACAGCUAUUGUUGCGCUGUACCAAGCUUCCCAGCAAGCGUAUGAGGAGGUUGACAAAGUCGCUGUUUUAUACGAAGGUCGACAGAUUUAUUUCGGAUCUAUCCACCUCGCAAAGCAAUACUUCACUGAUAUGGGAUAUCACUGCCCAGAUCGACAGACCACUGCAGAUUUCCUAACAUCACUUACGAACCCAGUUGAGCGACUGGUUCAGCCUGGCUUUGAGGCUCGCGUCCCGAGAACUCCAGAUGAAUUUGCAGAGAGAUGGAAGAGCAGUAAGCUGCACCAAGAAAUGAUGCAGAAUAUUGCCACAUUUGAAGAGGAAUACCCUGUUGGAGGACCGGCUUUCAAUGAAUUUAAGGCAUCUCGGAACGCUGAGAAGACAUCGUGGAUGACACCGAAAUCGCCAUACACAGUUUCAGUCCCUCUGCAGGUACGUCUGUGUAUCAGAAGAGGGAUUCGACGAAUUCAAGGUGAUAAGACAUUCUUCAUCAUCACUGUUGGUGGCAAUUUUGUCAUGUCCCUGAUCUUGGGAAGCGUAUACUACCACUUAUCAGACGACAGCUCCAGCAUGAGUAACCGGUGUAUUCUCCUCUUCUUCGCUCUAUUGUUCAAUGCGCUAAACAGCUCCCUCGAGAUUCUUUCCCUUUACGCCCAGCGAGCAAUCGUCGAGAAACAUGCAACCUACGCCUUUUAUCACCCUCUGUCUGAAGCUUUGGCUUCCAUGAUUUGUGAUCUUCCAACAAAGCUGCUGUCCACCGUCGCAUUCAAUAUUCCUCUCUACUACAUGGCUAACCUCCGAAAGGAGUCCGGACAUGUGGCUACCUACCUGCUCUUCGCCUUCGCAUCGACUCUGACAAUGUCGAUGAUCUUCCGUACCAUCGGGCAGCUGACUCGAACCAUUGCAGAGGCAUUGACACCCGCAGCGCUGUUUGUGAUUGGUCUUGUGGUAUACACUGGCUAUAUUCUCCCCACCCGAAACAUGCAAGGCUGGCUACGUUGGAUCAACUAUAUCAACCCACUCGCAUAUUCAUACGAGGCGUUAGUUGCAAAUGAGUUCCACGGCCGCGAUUUCGAAUGCGCGAGCUUUGUUCCAUCCGGUCCCAGUUAUCUAAAUAUCACCUCCUCCGAGCAAACCUGCUCCGUGGCUGGCGCUACCUCGGGAUCCUCUGUUGUUAGUGGUGACUUGUAUGUUGAGGAGAGUUAUGGCUAUUACUAUUCUCACGUGUGGAGGAACCUGGGAAUCAUCAUUGCAUACAUCGUGUUCUUCAUGGUGGUAUACCUCUUGGCAGCUGAAUACAUCACCGCCGAUCGAGGCAAGGGAGAAAUUAUCCUGUUUCGCCGCAAACACAAGUCGAGCAUGCAUCAAAAGGCACCACAAGAAGAUGAAGAGUCUGCUCCGCAAAGUGGAUCUGGCUCACUUAUCCCAGAUGAAAAAGCUGGUCAGGGUGAUGUCAAUGAGAAAAAAGCUGGCAUUCAGGAACAAACAAAUAUCCUCCACUGGAGGGAUGUAUGCUAUGAUAUUCCCGUGAAGGCUGGGAUACGCAGGAUUACUGAUCAUGUUGAUGGCUGGGUCAAGCCAGGUGUGCUUACGGCCUUGAUGGGUGCCACUGGCGCUGGAAAGACAACGCUGCUCGAUGUACUGGCAAAUCGAGUCAACAUUGGUGUCGUCAGUGGUGGAAUCUAUACCAACGGUACUCCCAGAAAUGCCUCAUUCCAACGACGUAUUGGCUAUGUACAGCAACAGGAUCUUCAUUUGGAGACAGCCACCAUCAGAGAGGCACUCAAAUUUAGUGCUUUCCUUCGUCAACCAGAAACAGUGAGCAAGGAAGAGAAACUUCGGACCGUUGAAGAGGUUAUCGACCUUCUUGAAAUGAGAGCAUACGCUGAGGCCGUGAUCGGAGCUCCAGGAGAAGGUCUGAACGUUGAACAGCGGAAAAGGUUGACCAUUGGUGUGGAGUUGGUCGCAAAGCCCGAUCUGUUGUUCUUCUUGGAUGAACCUACUUCCGGACUCGAUAGUCAAACGGCGUGGUCAAUUUCACUACUUCUACGAAAAUUGACGAACCAUGGUCAAGCCAUCCUCUGCACGAUUCAUCAGCCAUCUGCAAUGCUUUUCCAGCAAUUUGAUCGUCUCCUCUUACUGACCAGUGGUGGGCGGACCGUCUACUUUGGAGACAUUGGAGAAAAUUCACAGACACUCGUCAAGUAUUUUGAACGAUAUGGAGGGGAGAAAUGCAGGAAAGAAGAGAACCCUGCGGAAUGGAUGUUAACUGUCAUUGGGGCUGCACCCGGAAGUACUGCAAUCCGCGACUGGGCAGUGACUUGGCGCGAGAGUCCAGAAUACUCUCAAGUCCAACAAGAACUUGAACGUCUCGAAAAGAAUCCUGUACCAGAGACGUCUGGUGACACCAGUCUUGCUCGACAAUAUGCAAGCCCGUUCCAUGUUCAGCUAUGGUACUGCACGAAGCGAGUUUUCGAACAAUACUGGCGCACACCAUCUUAUCUGUAUUCCAAAUUAGCUAUGUGUUUUAUCACGGCCCUUUUCAUUGGACUUUCUUUCCUCCAAACCAAAAUCACUGAAGAUGGACUCGAGCACCAAACAUUUGCCGUCUUCAUGAUGCUUGUCGUCUUUCCUUUCCUUGCUUACCAGACCAUGCCGAACUUCAUUCUCCAGCGAGACAUGUAUGAAGUUCGAGAGCGUCCAUCCAAGACGUACUCUUGGACAGCUUUUAUUUUGGCUCAGAUCACAGUUGAACUUCCUUGGAACUCCCUGGCAGCUGUCGUAACCUUCUUCCCUUUCUAUUAUCUCAUUGGAAUGAACCAGAAUGCCAGCUGGACAGAUUCAGUGACAAAAAGGGGAGGCUUGAUGUUUCUGCUUAUCUGGGCAUUCUUGAUGCACUGUAGCACCUUCACCACGAUGGUUGUGGCUAGUGUUGCGACCGCAGAAAUAGGUGCAAUUCUCUCAUUGCUCUUAUUCUGUUUCUGUUUGAUCUUCUGCGGUGUCAUGGCUUCGCCGAGCACCCUACCGGGAUUCUGGAUCUUCAUGUACCGCGUAUCCCCACUGACAUACAUUGUUGGUGGCAUGCUGUCCACCGGUCUAGCCAAUACUCCCGUCACUUGCGCUGAUAUUGAGUUGAUCUCCGUACAACCCCCAAGUGGCGUGACGUGUGGGGAUUACCUUGCUGCGUAUAUCGAGACAGCCGGCGGCGCAGUAUACAAUUCCAAUGCAACCUCAAACUGUGAGUACUGCUCUAUGACAGAGUCAAACCUGUAUCUGGAAUCUCUAUCCGCUUAUUACGAUGACCGCUGGCGCAAUUUUGGCCUCGUCUGGGCCUAUGUGGCCUUCAAUGUCUUUGCUACUCUGUUCUUGUACUGGUAUGUGCGAGUUCGUGGCAGUACGGGAUUCGCACACCUAUUUAUUUGGGUCAGCCGAUGUUUCAAGAGGAAGUCGAAGAAGUAG